AUGUGUGAUGGAAAAAUAUCAAAAUCUAGCUUAUUACUUUUAAUUAAUGAAAUAAUUAAGACAAAUAUAGAACUACUGAAAAAUAAUGAGAUUGAAUUGAGCAGUUUAAGUAGUAAUGAUGUAGAAGAUAUAAAUGAAAAAAGACUAACAUAUGAAGAAGAAGAACAAGAACAAGAAGAACAAGAACAACAACAAGAUCAAGAAAAAGAAAAAGAAAAAAAAAAAAAAUAUAUAUACAAUAAUAUGUAUGAAGGAAAUGAUAAAAUAAAUAAUGUUAAAUAUUUAGAAAAUGACGAAAAAAAUUACAUAAAUAUUCUAUCUAGUAAACUGAAAGAUAUGGGGAAGAAUAUUGGUAUGAAAUUAGUAGAGAGAAUGUUAAUUCAUAAAAAUGAAUUUAAUGAUAUUAAAGAUAUCCUGAAAUUUAUUGGAAAAGAUAUAUGGUAUAUUUUAUUUAAUAAAAAUGCAGAUAAAUUGCAAACUUAUAAAAAAGGAGUUUAUGUCGUUACUGAUAAUGAUAUAAGUAUAUAUUUAAAGUAUUUAUUAAUUGAUAAUGGUACAAAUAAAAAAAAUAAUUUUAUUCAUUAUUUUUUAAUGAUAAUUAUUGGGAUUAUUAAAGGAAUACUUAAAAGAUUUAAAAUAAAAGGAUAUGUAACAUACGACCUAAAUUAUCCUCAUUGUUCUUUUCAAAUAAAUAUCAUUGAUGAUUAA